AGUAGUAGUAGUAGUACAUGUAGUAGUAAUAGUAGUAGCAGUAGCGGUAGCAGCAAUAGCAGCUGUAGUAGUAAUAGUAGUAGCAGUAGCGGUAGCAGCUGUAGUAGUAAUAGUAGUAGUAGUAGUAGUACAUGUAGUAGUAAUAGUAGUAGCAGUAGCGGUAGCAGCAAUAGCAGCUGUAGUAGUAAUAGUAGUAGCAGUAGCGGUAGCAGCAAUAGCAGCUGUAGUAGUAAUAGUAGUAGCAGUAGCGGUAGCAGCUGUAGUAGUAAUAGUAGUAGCAGUAGCGGUAGCAGCUGUAGUAGUAAUGGUAGUAGUAGUAGUAGUAGUAGUACAUGUAGUAGUAAUAGUAGUAGUAGCACCUGUAGUAGUAAUAGUAGUAGUAGUAGCAGCAGUAGUACCUGUAGUAGUAGUAGCAGUAGCAGCUGUAGUAGUAAUAGUAGCAGUAGCAGCAGUAGCACCUGUAGUAGUAGUAGCAGUAGCACCUGUAGUAGUAGUAGCAGUAGCAGCUGUAGUAGUAAUAGUAGCACCUGUAGUAGUAGUAGUAGUAGUAGUAGCAGUAGCACCUGUAGUAGUAAUAGUAGCACCUGUAGUAGUAGUAGUAGUAGUAGUAGCAGUAGCAGCUGUAGUAGUAGCAGUAGCGGUAGCAGCAGUAGCACCUGUAGUAGUAGUAGUAGUAGUAGCAGUAGCAUCUGUAGUAGUAAUAGUAGUAGCAGUAGCGGUAGCAGCAGUAGCAGCUGUAGUAGUAAUGGUAGUAGUAGUACAUGUAGUAGUAAUAGUAGUAGUAGUAGCACAUGUAGUAGUAAUAGUAGUAGCAGUAGCACCUGUAGUAGUAGUAGCAGUAUCAGCUGUAGUAGUAGUAGUAGUAGUAGUAGCAGUAGCGGUAGCAGCAGUAGUACCUGUAGUAGUAAUAGUAGUAGUAGUAGUAGCACCUGUAGUAGUAAUAGUAGUAGUAGUAGUAGUAGUAGUAGUAGCAGCAGUAGCACCUGUAGUAGUAGUAGUAGUAGCAGUAGCAGCUGUAGUAGUAAUAGUAGCAGUAGCGGUAGCAGCAGUAGCAGCUGUAGUAGUAAUAGUAGUAGUAGUAGUAGUAGUAGUAGUAGCACCUGUAGUAGUAAUAGUAGUAGUAGUAGUAGUAGUAGCAGUAGCACCUGUAGUAGUAGUAGUAGUAGCAGUAGCAGCUGUAGUAGUAAUAGUAGCAGUAGCGGUAGUAGU